ACUCAUUCUUUACUUCCCACCGUACUUUUAACACUGAAAUAAUGGAAACAUUUGACCUUUAGACCAUUAAUUCUCUUACCUUAUUUCAAUUUUAUUGCGCUACCGACUACAGAGUAGUGGUUCAAAUUAUGCAGAAGAUGUAUGUAUGUAACACAGAGAGGAAAUGAGAACUCGUGCUUUCUGCUCUGAGCGCUCACGCCCAAGGUUUCAGAGCCAGAACCCAGAACCACCAACCACCACUUUUGUGCUUUAGCAUGGAACAGAACCUACAAUAAUUUUAACACAGACUAGGUAUAGUAACAGGUCCUAGCAUCGAAACACCCCAAGGUCUGUAAAACAAGAGCUUGGCUGGUAAGCUCCGUGCGGCCAUAUUGCUACAUUGCUCAGAGUACAUAUACAUAUAGUCUAUAUAUGACCCGUGAAAAGGGAUCAACAAUCAUGCAAGCAAGUGCAUGUGUAACACCACGAAUUUUUACUGCAAUACAGAAUGUGGACAUAUACGAGUUAUCAAUGUGUUCUCAUAAAGAAAUUCGACCAAUUUUACCAUGUUUGGUCCGCAUGAGUCUAAUUUCUCCUUUAGACAUAACAAGAGACUGUGUGGAAGAAAGAAAACAAGUUCUGACAAUUUUGUCUGGUAUUGAAUCAGUAAACUCGAUAAUUGCACUGCUUUCAAUAGACUUUCAUGCAUUGGAAACUGAUGUUCGUAAAGAGCAGCAAUUGAGGCAAAAAUUAGGUAGUUUGCAGAGAGAUAGUGUACUUGCCCAAUCACUGCAAAGUGGUCUUGCUUUGGAGUUUGAACGUAGUGAGUCUACAAGGCGCAUAAGACUUGUUUUAAGUGAAUUGUUGUAUAUAGCCUCUCAAGUACAAGAAUUACAAAAGAAUCAAGAAUUUCAAAUCAAGCAAUCUGAUUUAUUUGAUAAUGCAGUGUAUAUGGAAGAAAUUAGUUAUGUAAUUUGUAUUGCACUGGCGGAGUUGCCAACCCUACUAUCAAUUUUAGAUAUUACGGAAACAUUACUACAUGUUAAACAUGGUCCAGAGAUAAUUUGUUGGAUAGUUGCAAAUAUUCCUGAUAGCUUUAAUGAAGUAUGUGCGCAUUUAAUUGCCAAUGGAGAAAGACAAGAGGAAUCAACAUUGGGCCGAAUCAGAACAAUGGCUUUGACAAUGUUAUGUCAAAUGAACCCUAGUCAAGCUUUAGCAAUAAGAGCAAAGUGUGUAGAACUAUGUAGAAUGCCUGCUUUAGCCAUUACAUUAAGUCUAGAACAUGAAAAUAUAAACAAUGAUGACUCAGAAAGUGAUAUAGUUGCAUUUGUAUCAGGAUUAUUGCUUGGUAGUGAUCAACAAGUAAGGACAUGGAUUGCAAUGUUUAUCAGGAAUGGACAGAAACGUAAAUGGGAAUCUCAUACAGCAUUACAAACAUUAAGAGAAGAACUUCUCAAACGUUUACAAGUAAUCACAUCCCAAAAUGCAGGUCAAUUAGCAGAAAGUCAAGUCGUUCAAGCCAGUGCAUUAUUACGUCUUUAUUGUGCAUUAAGAGGUAUUGGAGGUAUUAAAUUUCAAGAUGAUGAGGUAGCAAUGAUUGUUCAGUUGUUAACAUCUCAUCCACCUCCAUCUCCUGCUGGCGUAAGAUUUGUUUCUUUAGGUCUCUGUAUGCUGAUAGCAUGUUCAUCAUUAAUAGGACAUCACAAUCUUGAAAAGCGUAGUAUAGAGUGGGUGCAAUGGCUUGUUCGUGAAGAAGCUUAUUUUGAAAGUGCUAGUGGUGUCACAGCAAGCUUUGGAGAAAUGUUACUUUUGAUGGCUAUACAUUUUCAUAGCAAUCAACUAUCUGCUAUCUGUGAACUUGUGUGUGCAACUCUAGGAAUGAAGAUACCAAUUAGACCAAAUAAUUUGACCAGGAUGAAACAAAUUUUUAUGCAAGAAAUAUUUACAGAGCAAGUUGUUACUUCUCAUGCAGUGAAAGUACCAGUAACAGCUAAUUUAAAUGCAAAUAUUCCAGGAUUUUUGCCUGUACAUUGUAUUCAUCAAUUAUUGAAAUCACGAGCAUUUGCAAAACACAGAGUUCCAAUCAAAAAUUGGAUUUAUAAACAGAUUUGUAAUAGUGUGCCACCACUGCACCCAGUUCUUCCUGCUUUGGUUGAAGUAUAUGUCAAUUCCAUUGUAUUAACCAACAAUAAAACGUCAGAACACACAAACAAACCAAUUACUGAAGACGAAAUUAGAAGAGUAUUCCAAAACAGUGUUUUUGGAGCAAAUUUUGAUUUUAAGAAAGGUAUUACUGCUCCUCAGUGCGAGGUUGAUAAUACAGAUUUUGAAAUUACAAAACCUUCUCUUACAUCACAGUUGCUAUUACUGUAUUACUUAUUAUUGUAUGAAGAUGUCAGAUUGUCUAAUAUGCAUACAUUCAUCUCACAGGAUAGAAAAGUUAAAUCAUAUUCAACUGAAUUUCUAUCCGAGUUACCAAUAAAAUACCUACUUCAAUUGGUUCAAAGGGAUCAAAUGAAUUAUGCCGGUCUCUUUUCUCCUCUUCUUAGACUAUUGGCAACUCAUUUUCCCCACCUUUCAUUAGUAGAUGAUUGGCUUGAUAAUGAGAUGAUUAAUAUAGACUCGACGGUUAUAAAUUAUGAGAAUGUAAAGAUUACUGAUAUCAUGAUUAUUGAAACAUUUUCUCAUAUACAAACAUGCCCUUCAAGAACAGGGAGAUUGUUAAGACAAUUAAUGUCAACAAAACCAAUUGAUAUCUGGCCUCAUGCUGAAGUUAUAAUUUAUUAUUUCAAGGCUAUCUUAAAUCAAGGAGUUCCUAGAUAUAUUCAAGAGUUAUAUAAACAAGUGUGGCUUAGGUUAAAUACAGUUCUUCCAAGAUGUUUGUGGGUGUUAUCAAUAAACGCACUGUUAAUAGAAAAUUCUAUUAUAAAAAACGUAUUUUUAACGCAGGAAAAUAUUGUCUUAGAUCCCUUACAAGUAUUAAGAUGUGAUACAAGGGUUUUUAGAUGUGCUCCAAUUUUAUCUAUUAUCAUAAGAAUUUUGCAAGCUGCAUUAGCUGCCUCUCGAUCACAGUUAUCUAGGCAUAUACAGGACAAACCACUGACUGAAAAAAUUGGUCAGUUAUCAAGUGAUGCUGAAAGAGAAGAUUUAAGAACAGCUUUAGUGGCAGGACAAGAAAGUGCAGCAGUUCAAAUAUUAUUAGAAGCAUGUUUAGAAACAAAAGAAGAUAGAGAAACUCCUGGACAAAUGUGGUCCUUAAGAGAAAUUCAAAGUAUUAUUUGUUCAUACUUGCAUCAAGUGUUCAUAGCGGAUCCAUCAUUAGCCAAAUUAGUUCACUUUCAAGGUUAUCCGAGAGAAUUGUUACCCAUCACAGUUACGGGUAUUCCAUCUAUGCACAUAUGUCUUGACUGGAUUCCUGAAUUGUUAUCUCAGCCAGAAUCAGAGAAGCAAAUAUUUGCUGUAGAUUUGGCAUCGCAUCUUGCAAUUCAGUAUGCCCUACCAAAGGCUUUAAGCGUUUCCCGCUUAGCAAUCAAUACUAUGGUAACACUUUUAGGAGUGUUAUCUGCUAAAGAUCGUGUAAUUUUAUUUAUGCCUGUAUUACCGGCUUUAACACGAAUAUGUUUAGCUUUCCCACCAUUAGCUGAAGAUACUACAGGUUUAUUGUUACAACUUGGUAGAGUUAAUUCUGCUCAAGCAGCGUUAGGAGAUAAAUCUGCAGAUAUUUUAUGUCGUGAGGUCAGUGAAACUUUUUGUAUGUUAUUGCAGAAAGCUAUAUUACAAUCGCAAGUGUAUUAAAGAAUUAUUUUUGCUACUCCCAUAUUAAUUGUGAACUUAAUGUUUUAAGUUUAAAAUUGUUUUAAAUAAAUUAUUGUAAAUAAAUUAUUUCUAUAAUUAA